AUGGCAGAGUUCCCAGGAAUUGCUCAGACUUUUGCUGAGGUUAUCAACCAGACUUCUCAAGCUCAGGAAGAUCUCGAAGAAUUAUCGCGCUCAGGCAAGGCGGAUGGGUAUACCGUGGCUUGCCUCUCUACGGAGACUAUUCUGCUGCGAAGAACGCUGCGCAAGCUGCGCGAAUACUGUCAAGAGAAUCAGCGACUGCUCAAAGGUCAUUCAAACACGACUGCAAAGGAUAUCAACCUCUCCCUACUCUCCACGAGCCUCGCACUGAGCGAAAUCGAAUUCAAAGUCAGGAAAAUUACCUUAGGAGCUAUAUCUGUGCGAACACCAAGACUCCGCCUGUUCGAGCGAGCAAAAAAGGAGGAAGAUGAGCUAAACCCACUACUCAACAAACUACGCGACCGCUGCAGUUUACUAUGGAGCCUAUACCUGAUAUUGGAUCCGUUUGCGGAAUCCGAUGAGGAAGCCCAUCAACUACGGAUGUAUGUGCAAAUAAUGCUCCGGCAGAACGAAAGCGACGUAAAUCGGCGACUAAAUACAAACUCUUUCGUCCGCCCCGACUACAUCGCCACCCUCUGGCCGAAUUGGAUCCCUCCACGACCUCUCACAAAAGAGCUUGUCCGCCAUGGUCUUUCCGAGGACCAAAUCCAUGAAAUCUACGACAAGCCAAAUCUCCCACCAUUUCUUAUCAAGCAAAUUUUGUUGAAGUGGAGAUCAUAUGGUACUGAGGAUGCUUUCCGUAUAGUUCUUCAUCUCUUCGUCUCAACAGGCCACGACUUGGUUUUGACAGAUGAGGUCGUACGAACAUGGAAAUCAUAUGGCGAUACGGAAGGAUAUCGAACCGAUCUUGGUGUUGUGGCCGCAAGAAGUCGUGAUAUUGUCUCAUCAGAUAAGGAAAUUCCCGAUUUCAGGUCUAGUCUUAAGCCUUAUGGUCAAGAAUUUUACAUAAUGCUUCUGAAGGCUUUACGUACGGUACACUACAACCUUCAUCUCACAGAGCGACUGCUCCAGAGGGCUGCGGUUCUUAUGCAUAACCAAAUACAACUACGCCCGGGAGAUGCGGCUUUCGACACCCUCCCCGCUGUGAAGUUAUCUCCCAGUGACCUUGAUCAUCUGAGCGUCGCUAUAGGACUCAAUGACCACGACCUAUCUAAAGUCGUGGACCAACUCGAAAUGUUACGAGACAUCUCUUGGCCGCAAACUGGCCUUCAUGGGCUCAUAGGUGCCUCAAACUGCCCUACAGGUCAUUAUCUCGAUCUCUGGCACAGUUGUGGCUACGAUGCAAAAAAAGCGAGCGACAAGAUAUGGAGUUUCCUUAUGCAGGUCGCAAGAGAGGGGGACUGCUAUUGGACAGUCCCAACUGCUUUGAUCGUCCUUCGACCUUUCAACCUUCAAGAAGAGGCAUUCUUCUCGACAAUUACCGAGCCACAUGUUGCUCCGAUACGUUCCACAUUAUUGGCUCUCAUUGGUUCCAACGCAGAGAGACAUUCGAUCCCGAGUAUUAUCUCAGAUACCAUCACUAUUGCCAACUACAUGGGUCUCAGGUGGCGAGCGGCUGGCCUGCAUAAACUGGCGUAUACACUCAGAGCUGUUACACUCAUUUCCACCUUCAAUUACUGA